AUGGCUAGAUCUUAUUCAUCCCCGACUCAGGUUCAACAGCGUUCUUCUUCAGGACAACCUCCUUCUAGACAAAUUCCUUCUGUCAUUGUUCCGUACAAUCCAAAUGCUAUGCAAGUCGACGUCAAUGCACUUCAGACCCGACAAAUCCCAUCAAGACCUUCUAGAGUAGGGAUGAAUUAUUAUCGGAACUUGUGUCAAGAAAGAGCAGUUUGUUAUAAAUGCCUCAAAGCCUAUGAUUCUUCUCAUCAAACUGCGGAAGGACGUCCAGCCGGUUGCCCAAAUCCAGGUGCUUCGGUAGUGGCCAUGGAUGCCUUUGUUGCCAAUGUGCAAAGGGAGUCUUUGUCUACUCAGUCCGUCUCGGCUGUAAACACGUCUGUAGGUUCUGUUCGACGACCUCUCACUCAUCAAAUUAAUCCACCACGAGGAUCAACUAUACGAAGCCCGGUGGUUAAUCCAGUUCUUUCUCUGAAGAUCAGCAUGAAGAUAUCGGUCACGGUUUGA